GAUUUUAAGGUAUGCUCUGCCGCCUCACCAGGGCAGAGCCAGUGCUCAUCCACAGCCUUGCCUGAGCUGUCCCAGCAGCUGUUAGAGGCCAGGCCAAAGCCACACCAUACUCUGCAUCCCAGGACCCAGAGGCUGAGAAGCUGGACCCCAGGAGGCUUGUGGAAGCUGUGCUGGGCAGGUAAGGGCCAGCCAGAUUCAACAGGGGAAAGGAAUGAAGCCAGGAGAACCUCAAAGUCCAGCCUGCUAGGAAUCCACACCAAUAGCAAGGAGCUGGCAGCAAAGGGGCCUGGAGCUUCUGUGGACGAGAUGACGACGGAGACGGCUCUGCGCUCAGCCCUGGGCUCCGAAGCUAGCCUGCACACCUACGACAUCAUGGUGGUGGUCAUCUACUUUGUCUUCGUCAUCGCCGUGGGGAUCUGGGCAUCAAUCCGUGCAAGCCGAGGGACCGUUGGUGGCUAUUUCUUGGCGGGCAGGUCCAUGAGCUGGUGGCCGAUUGGCGCAUCUCUGAUGUCCAGCAAUGUGGGCAGUGGCUUGUUCAUCGGUCUGGCUGGUACAGGGGCUGCCGGGGGCCUUGCUGUGGGCGGCUUCGAGUGGAACGCAACCUUCCUGCUUGUGGCCCUCGGCUGGAUCUUUGUUCCUGUGUACAUCGCAGCUGGUGUGGUCACUAUGCCACAGUAUCUAAGGAAGCGAUUUGGGGGCCAAAGAAUCCAGGUGUACAUGUCUGUCCUGUCUCUCAUCCUCUACAUCUUCACCAAGAUAUCGACUGACAUCUUCUCUGGAGCCCUCUUCAUCCAGAUGGCUUUGGGCUGGAACCUCUACCUCUCCACGGUGAUCCUGCUGGUGGUGACAGCUGUCUACACCAUCACAGGGGGCCUCAUGGCCGUGAUCUACACAGAUGCUCUGCAGACGGUGAUCAUGGUAGGGGGAGCCCUGGUCCUCAUGUUUCUAGGCUUUCAGAAGGUGGGCUGGUACCCAGGCUUGCAGCAGCUGUAUAGGCAGGCCCUCCCUAAUGUCACGGUCCCCAAUACCACGUGUCACCUCCCACGGCCGGAUGCCUUCCACAUGCUUCGUGAUCCUGUGAGCGGGGACAUCCCUUGGCCUGGGCUCAUUUUCGGGCUCACAGUACUGGCCACCUGGUGUUGGUGCACAGACCAGGUCAUCGUGCAGAGGUCUCUGUCUGCCAAGAGUCUGUCCCAUGCCAAGGGAGGCUCGGUGCUGGGGGGCUACCUGAAAAUCCUCCCCAUGUUCUUCAUUGUCAUGCCUGGCAUGAUCAGCAGGGCCCUGUACCCAGAUGAGGUGGGCUGUGUGGAUCCUGAGGUCUGCCAAAGAGUCUGCGGGGCCCGAGUGGGAUGUUCCAACAUCGCCUAUCCCAAGCUGGUCAUGGCUCUCAUGCCCAUUGGUCUGCGGGGCCUGAUGAUCGCGGUGAUCAUGGCGGCGCUCAUGAGCUCCCUCACCUCCAUCUUCAACAGCAGCAGCACCCUGUUCGCUAUCGACGUGUGGCAGCGCUUCCGCAGGGGGGCCACGGAGCAGGAGCUGAUGGUGGUGGGCAGAGUGUUUGUGGUGUUCCUGGUGGUCGUCAGCAUCCUCUGGAUCCCCAUCAUCCAGAGCUCCAGCAGUGGGCAGCUCUUCGAGUACAUCCAGUCGGUCACUAGCUACCUGGCACCGCCCAUCACCGCCCUCUUCCUGCUGGCCAUCUUCUGCAGGAGAGUCACCGAGCCUGGGGCCUUCUGGGGCCUCAUGUUUGGCCUGGGAGUGGGCCUUCUGCGGAUGAUCCUGGAGUUCUUAUACCCGGCCCCAGCCUGUGGCGAGGCGGACUGGAGGCCAGCCGUGCUGAAGGACUUCCACUAUCUGUACUUCGCUCUCCUUCUCUGUGGGCUCACUGCCAUCGUCAUUGUCACCAUCAGCCUCUGCACAACACCCAUCCCUGAGGAGAAGCUCAUUCGCCUGACCUGGUGGACACGGAACUGCCCCACCUCUGAGCUGGAGAAGGAGGCCUGGGAGAGCCAGAGUGAGAGAGACAGUGCGCCAGGGAUGUCUGAGGGGCCGGCCUGGGAGAACCCCUCAGGAGUCACCGCAGCGAACUGCAGCCCGGGCCCAGGGCAGCCCGGAGCCCCAGCCUCCUGCAGGUCCUGGGGAAAGCUGCUCUGGGGAUGGCUCUGUGGGCUCUCUGGAGCCCCAGGACAGGUCCUGAGCGCAGCAGAGAAGGCCACUCUGGAGGAGAAGCUGACCAGCAUCGAGGAAGAACCGCUCUGGAGAAGCAUUUGCAACAUCAACGCCAUCCUCUUGCUGGCUAUCAACAUCUUCCUCUGGGGCUACUUUGCGUGACUCCACUUGGCUGAUUUGGGUUUCAGCCAAGAGAAGCGAAACACAGCUCAAGCCAGGCACAGAGACAGGCUCUCUUCCUACCCUGCUCCAAACUGGAGACCACAGAGGCUGAGCGUGGAAGAGGUCCUAAGGGGCAUUUAAUCUGACACACGCUGUGAGUGAGAACACAAGGCCCAGAGAGAGUGCUAGGUCUGCCCAAGGCCACAGAGCAGUGCUCAUGCUGGGUCUCCCAACUCCAGCUCCCGUUCCACCGCACUGCCUUUAUUCCUACCUCAAAGACAGUUUCCUCCCUCUUCUUGGGUUCAUGCAGAAAUCCUUACUAUACAUGUAUCGUGAGGUUAGAAAAAUGGAGGAUACAAGAAAAAGAACAGGAAAAUUUUGUAAAAUUUCAAGUACACCUUUUCCCUCCAUAUCCCCCUUCCUCUUUCCCCACUCUAGCUACCCUACCUCUCUUUCUCUGAUUUUUAACCCCGGCAAUCUAUCUGUAGCACGAAUCUACCAAGGACAGCCUUACAUUGCCAGUGGUCGCUGUACAGUCAGUGCUGUCAGACCAAAAAUACUGAGGGGCCGAGGGUGGAAUUGAAGUAUGACGGCAGAUGGUAUUUAGGGCAGGGAGUUUUUGGGCAAGGAAUGCUCAUGGGCACUACUCAAAUCUUGCUUCUUCCUACCUUCAAACCCAAACCUGCACCGAGUCUCCAUGGCCUUGAGGAACUUAAGAGUCCAGCUGGAGAGCUGUGACUUGUUGACAGCAAGAGGAAUCAAGGCCUUAAGAGUCAGCCCUGCAGGGAAGCAAGGGCAGCUUCGGAGCCACAUCAUGGGGCUCUUUGCCACUUCCUUUGCCUUCCAAGCCUCUGCUACCCAGGAAUAUAAGUAUACACUGCCAGGAAGCUGCCCAAUGUUCCAAACUAGGUUGGGGUACCACUCUUGCUCCCACAGCCCCAUAGACCAGCAUCUAUCAAGGCACUGGUCACACCAUCAGUGAAGUUGUCUCCCCCAGAUGGUAUCCUCCAAGGGACAGGCACCAACUAUGUCCAACUUGACUUUGUUCCCCAAAAUAAUAGGUACCAAUAAAUGCUUGUUGAGUGAAUAAA